AUGGCUAUUAAAUCGAUUGGAUUAGCACUUAUUGGGAAUAAAAUUUAUCCUGUUAACACUAUCGGUAAUGUUCAUCAUCAUCAUCCUCAAAAUUUAACCGAGUAUGAAACUGAGUAUGGAUAUCAAGAAAAAGAAGAAAACAUGCCAAAAUCAAUUCAUUAUAACCAAUAUCCUUUUUUAACAGAUGGUUUAACAGAUAGUGAUGAAGUUAGUAAUGACAUUAAUGAUGUUAGAAUUAUUAGUAAUAUAAACAGCGGCAGCACUAGUAGUGAGGAUGAAGGUGAACAAAAUAGUAAUGAUCAUAGUUAUAUAGAUAAUAAGGAGUAUGAGGAUAAUUCGUCGAAAUUUGGAUAUUAUUUAGAAGGUUGGGAUUAUACAAAUAAUGAUGAGGAGAAUGAGAAUGAAUUGGACGAGAAUGAGAAUGAAUUGGACGAGAAUGUGAAUGAAUUGGACGAGAAUGUGAAUGAAUUAUAUGAAUUGGAUUAUGAUGAAUCUGAUUAUGAUGAAUCUGAUGAAUCAGACGAGGAUGAAGAGUUAGACUACGAUGAAUUGGAAUUGAUAAUGAAAAAGAUACUUGCUUGUGAAAACGAUAAAAUCGUUGUUGUUACGAAAGUAGCACAAUAG